AUGUCAAGGCAAUCCAAUUCCCUUCCAGAACCUACUGGGCUACCGGGGUUGCCCCUGACCAACAGUCAGGGUCGCAAAGAAGUGCUAACGAAAAUCCGUGACCUUUGUGGCUGGCAUAUGAAUUCAUUUCCCGGUUCCCAACCAGUGUCCCUAAGCAGAAACAAUAUCAAUUUCCUCUACCGCGAUGACUACGUAGUAUGUGAAAAAUCUGAUGGGAUUCGUGCUAUGUUACUGGCUGCCAGCGGCGCUAUUUUUUUGAUUGGUAGGAAGGAAGAAGUGCACAGGAUUGAUAUGAUACUUCCGUUAAGAGGCGUUGUGGGCGAUAGGCACCAGUUGACUUUGCUAGACGGGGAACUUGUUAAGGACAAGCAAAACGGCAUUACUCGUUGUCGAUACUUAAUCUUUGAUGCUAUAUCAAUUCACCGACAAUCAGUUAGGCAUUACAACUUUCUGGAGCGGCUAUGUAUGGUUUACAAGGAUGUAAUCCAACCUCUCCUCAAGGUGGAUACUAAAAAGGAUAUGCCAGAUCUAGUUAGCGAAUGGAAUAAGGUAGAUUUUCCUUUGGAAAUAUACUUAAAAGACUUCUUCGAUCUAUCACAUCUGCCUAAUCUAAAAGAUAUAUCAAGACUACUCCCACACACUAGUGAUGGACUGAUAUUUACCCCCGUAAAUCAACCAUACAUCCCAGGUACAUGUAAACAACUUUUAAAAUGGAAACCUCCACAUCUUAAUACGGUGGAUUUUAGCGUAGAUAUUUUAUAUGAUGAAAAAGGGCUGCCUCGGUUGGCCCAGCUUUUUGCCUCCGUUUCGGGUACCCGAGUAUUCUAUAAUGAAUUCCUUUCGCCAUAUGGAAAAGUGUAUAAGGAACUAAUCGAAUCUGCUAUGAAUGAACAUAUUGUGCAACGCAUCGUGGAAUGUGGAUGGGUUCCAGAUAAACGGGUGUGGACUUUCAUCCCUUAUUUGAAGCAAAAUCCUACCAAUACUCAUCGCGCAGGAAAUGAUGGUAAAUUGCCCUAUGACUUUGAUAAUGGAGAGUGGGUUUUGGGUGGAUGGGUUGCGGAGCGGAUUAGGGUAGACAAGAAGGAUCCUAACAACAUCAACGUAAUUACAAAUGUAAAGGAAUCUAUUGAGGAUGAUAUCACUUUCGGGAAUCUGAUUAAGGAAAUUACUCAAAUCAUGUCCCAAGGGAAAAAACCACUAUGGGAUAAGUGUUACAUGUCAUCUUCCUGGGUUGGCUAA